AUGGCUGAUUCCAAAAUCGUACCCGAGAGCUUCAAUUCCCGUUCAACUGAUCAGCCAGCUGGUUGGGCUGAAAUCGUAUCCGCGAUACACAGGGUAAUGGUGGCUUUCUAUAUGGGCAUUUUACUGAUCAUUUACAGUCGAAAGAUGGUGUUUGGCGCCGCCGCAGGAGCUCCGGUACCGGUGGAGAUGGUACCCGUACUUGCCUGGAUCGGCUCUGGCUGGGCCGGGUCUUUCAUAUUGGCUAAGGCUGCGAGGGGAUAUGGUACCGGAAAGGUGAUGGACUGUAUAUCAAUCGCUAGUGCACUUGCACUAGUCGGAUUCCUCAUCUACUACGUCAUCGGGGCCGUCGAAACCAUUGUGGGCGGUGUCGCGUGUCUCCUUGUUGCCGCUGGUCUCUUUUGUAUGCGUGAUUGGUGA